AUGGAACAAGAUCCUAAUGCUGUAAAUUGUGUACGUCCAGAUAUGGGCUACAAUUGGCUAGGCAAUUAUGUUAUUGAAAAAAAGAUUGGCCAAGGACAAUUUAGUGUUGUCUAUAAAGCACGAUGCUUGCUAGAUAAUUCACUAGUAGCUUUAAAAAAGGUUCAGAUAUUUGAAAUGAUGGACGCUAAAGCGCGUCAAGAUUGUCUCAAAGAAAUAGACUUGUUGAAGUCAUUGGAGCAUCCAAAUAUUAUUAAAUAUGUGGCAUCUUUUAUUGAAAAUAAUGAACUAAACAUUGUUCUAGAAUUAGCUGAUGCUGGCGAUCUAUCAAGAAUGAUCAAGCAUUUUAAGAAGCAAAGACGGCUUAUACCGGAGAAAACUGUUUGGAAGUACUUCGUACAAUUAUGCAAUGCCCUAGAACAUAUGCACUCACGUCGCGUUAUGCAUAGAGAUAUUAAACCUGCUAACGUCUUUAUAACUGCAACUGGUAUUGUUAAACUGGGAGAUCUUGGAUUAGGCAGAUAUUUUAGUUCCAAAACAACUGCUGCCCAUUCUUUAGUGGGGACACCAUAUUAUAUGUCACCGGAAAGAAUACAUGAGACUGGAUAUAACUUUAAGUCUGAUAUAUGGUCUCUUGGCUGCUUAUUGUAUGAGAUGGCAGCAUUACAAUCUCCAUUUUAUGGCGAUAAGAUGAAUUUAUAUUCAUUAUGUAAAAAAAUUGAACAAUGCGAUUACCCUCCGUUGCCUGCUGACUAUUACUCGGAAGAGUUAAGGGGACUUGUCAAUGCUUGUAUUAAUCCCGAUCCAGAAAAAAGAUGGGAUAUUACAUAUGUUAGUAAUAUUGCUCGCCAAAUGAAUGCACGUUUCCAGCAACAAGCACCGCUGAAGUAA